GAGAAGCUAGUACUGAAAAUUCUGAGAAAUGCAGCAAACUCUCGUUUCUUCCUUUUGCUUCAUCUUGCUGGCUUUCUCCUCCAUAGUCCUUGGUAAAAAACCCAACUGUGGGAAACAUGGCCCGGUUAUCAAAUUCCCAUUCAGCUUCAAAGGUAGCCACCCAGAAAAUCCUGGGUUUCUUGUGUCCUGCAAUGAAAAGAAUGAAACCAUUCUUGAGCUUCCAAUCCCAGUUAAAUUUGCAAUCAAAACCGUAGACUAUAAGGCUCAGAAAAUCCAGCUAUAUGACCCAGAAGGUUGCUUGCUUGCCAAGCUUUUGAAAGUCCACAACAUGUCAAUCUCUCCCUUCCACUACUCAGAAAACCAAAUGAUUGAUAUUACCUUAUUCAAUUGUUCUUCAGCUAAAAGGAAAAAGCCGUCCUCGUGGCUUUAUUCAGUCCCCUGCUUUGGCUACCAAAUCUAUUGGGUUUAUUCUUUCGAUAACAUUGAGUACUUGCCCCUCCUGUCUUGUACAAAGAUGCGUAAUCUUUCAUCAGUACCAUACAGGACUGCACCUCGAGAGCUUUAUUUGGAAUGGUCUGAACCAAAUUGUGGACUAUGUGAAGCACAGGGUAGCACGAAGAAAGGAGGUUCGGGGAAAACUUUAGUAGCUACUGGUACAUCCCUGGGUUCAUUUGUACUCGUACUACUUGCUGGUGCAGCUUAUCAUGCUUAUAGUUCUGAUAGAAAGGAGAAACAGAAUCAAUUAAAAAUUGAAAGCUUUUUAGAGGAUUACAGAGCUCUCAAACCAAGCAGAUACUCUUAUUCAGACAUCAAGAGGAUUACAGAUCAGUUCAAGGACAAAUUAGGCCAAGGGGCAUAUGGGACUGUUUAUAAGGGAAAGCUUUCUUCUGAAUGUUUUGUUGCCGUGAAAGUCCUCACUAGUACUAAAGGAGAUGGGGAAGAGUUUGUUAAUGAAGUGGGAACAAUGGGUCAUAUCCAUCAUGUCAAUGUGGUUCGCUUGGUCGGAUUCUGUGCUGAUGGGUUUAGAAGAGCUCUUGUUUAUGACUUCUUACCUAAUGGUUCACUGCAAGAUUUCAUUUCAUCAGCAGACAAUAACAAUUCUUUCCUUGGUUGGGAUAAGUUGCAAGAUAUUGCUCUAGGCAUAGCCAAAGGAAUUGAAUAUCUGCACCAGGGGUGCGAUCAACGAAUCCUCCAUUUUGAUAUCAAACCCCACAAUGUUCUGCUUGACCAUAACUUCACCCCAAAGAUUUCUGAUUUUGGUUUGGCCAAGUUAUGUUCCAAGGAUCAGAGUAUAGUGUCAAUGACUACAGCUAGGGGAACAAUGGGGUACAUUGCACCUGAAGUGUUCUCCAGGAACUUCGGGAAUGUGUCCUAUAAGUCAGAUGUGUAUAGUUAUGGAAUGGUACUGCUCGAGAUGGUAGGAGGAAGAAAGAACAUCAGUUCAACCACAGAGAACGCACCUGAAGUUUACUACCCAGAAUGGAUCUAUAAUCUACUAGAAGAAGGUGAAGACCUCCGAAUCCAUGUUGGGGAAGAAGCAGAUGCUCAAAUUGCGAAGAGACUUGCGAUUGUGGGUCUCUGGUGCAUCCAAUGGCACCCGGUUGAUCGUCCCUCUAUGAAAGGGGUGGUUCAGAUGUUGGAAGGAGGAGAAAACUUGACUAUGCCUCCAAAUCCUUUUGCCUCUCAAGGUCCUGCAGGAACAAGUGCAAGCACACCUGUCAAAAGAUUAAACCUUCAACUGGAACCAAUUGCUGAGUUAGAGUGAUGUGUAUAAUUUUUUAUAGUGUAUGCACACUUAAGAACAUGGUAACAAAAAUUAUCAUCAAGUUUAUGUAAUCAUGGUUGAUGUAACUAUUCUGCCCGAAGUUAUAGAAUGGUUAGUUGGUUAUAUGUC